AUGGAUUCUUUGCCGUCUCUUUCUGGCAGAGGGAAAGCAACUUCCGUGCGGCCUGAUCGGGGUCUGAUGACCUUUGAGGAGGUGUGUGUUCGUUUCACUGAGGAGGAGUGGGCUCUGCUGGAUCCGGACCAAAGAAGGAUUCACAAAGAAGUCAUGGAGGCCAAUUAUCAGAAUGUGGCCUCUCUGGAGGCUAAUUGUCCAUGGAAAAAAUCCGAGAAAGAACCCAAACACCUCCUAUUCAACGUAAAAGAGCAGAAAAGAAACACUGGAAAAAAACGGAAGAGGGCGAAUGAAUGCUCUGCCUCUGCAGAGGGUGCUGAGUCCCAGGUCUCUGAUACACACAGAAGAAUUAAUACAGGGGAGAAAUCUGAUAAAUACUCGGAGAGUAGAAGGAGCUUGGGUUGGAAGAGAGACUCUUCUGGCCAUCAACGACUCCAUAACAGAGAGACACAUGAAUGCCUGGAGUGCGGAAGGAGCUUUGCUCAGAAUUGUCUCCUUGCUGCUCAUCGACGAAUCCACACUGGGGAGAAACCAUAUAAAUGCUUGGAGUGUGGAAAGAACUUUGCUUCGAGGUCAGACCUUACUCAACAUCAACGCAUCCACACUGGGGAGAGACCAUAUAAAUGCUUGGAGUGUGGAAAGAGAUUUGUUCAGAGAGGUCACCUAGCUAUUCAUCGACAAAUCCACACUGGGGAGAAACCACAUAAAUGCUUGGAGUGUGGAAAGACCUUUGCUCAGAGAGGUUACCUAGCUACUCAUCGACGAAUCCACACGGGCGAGAAACCAUAUAAAUGCUUGGAGUGCGGAAAGAGCUUUGCUCACAGAGGUUACCUAGCUAUUCAUCGACGAAUCCACACUAGGGAGAAACCACAUAAAUGCUUGGAGUGUGGAAAGACCUUUGCUCAGAGAGGUCACCUAGCUACUCAUCGACGAAUCCACACGGGCGAGAAACCAUAUAAAUGCUUGGAGUGCGGAAAGACCUUUGCUCUGAGAGGUUACCUAGCUAUUCAUCGACGAAUCCAUACUAGGGAGAAACCACAUAAAUGCUUGGAGUGUGGAAAGACCUUUGCUCAGAGAGGUUACCUAGCUACUCAUCGACGAAUCCACACGGGCGAGAAACCAUAUAAAUGCUUGGAGUGCGGAAAGAGCUUUGCUCACAGAGGUUACCUAGCUAUUCAUCGACGAAUCCACACUAGGGAGAAACCACAUAAAUGCUUGGAGUGUGAAAAGAGCUUUGCUUCAAGUUCACAACUUACUCGACAUCAACGUAUCCACACAGGGGAGAAACCACAUAAAUGCUUGGAGUGUGAAAAGAGCUUUGCUUCAAGUUCACAACUUACUCGACAUCAACCUAUCCACACAGGGGAGAAACCACAUAAAUGCUUGGAAUGUGGAAAGAGCUUUGCUACGAGGUCACACCUUACUUACCAUCAACAUAUCCACAUGGGGGAGAAACCACAUAAAUGCUUGGAAUGUGGAAAGAGCUUUGCUACGAGGUCACACCUUACUUGCCAUCAGCAUAUCCACACAGGGGAGAAACCAUAUAAAUGCUUGGAGUGUGGAAAGAGCUUUGCUUCGAGGUCACACCUUACUUACCAUCAACAUAUCCACACAGGGGAGAAACCAUAUAAAUGCCUGGAUUGUAGAAAGAGCUUUGCUUCAAGUUCACAGCUUACUCAACAUCAACGAGUGCACACUGGGGAGAAACCACAUAAAUGCUUGGAGUGUGAAAAGAGCUUUGCUUCGAAGUCACACCUUACUCGACAUCAACAUAUCCACACAGUGGAGAAACCACAUAAAUGCUUGGAGUGUGGAAAGAGCUUUGCUUCAAGUUCACAACUUACUCGACAUCAACCUAUCCACACAGGGGAGAAACCACAUAAAUGCUUGGAGUGUGGAAAGAGCUUUGCUUCAAGUUCACAGCUUACUCAACAUCAACAUAUCCACAUAGGGGAG